UUUCGAAAUCCACUUUAUGCUCAUUUUGAAGCGGUGUUAUUGUUAUAUAAAUGAUACGCAGUGAUGUUUUUGCGGUUGUUGUGCAGCAGCGUUUUUCUUAUCCGUUCAACUUUGACACAGAUGAACGCCUCCAACCAGGAAAUCACAUGUGGCAGAGCCUGAUUUAGGAAUCUCCAUUCCCUUUCUCUCUGUGCUGAAUUGUAACAAAGGGAGAACGUGUCUCAUAUUUAGCAGAGUUUUUUCCUGUUUAAAGUUUUCACUGAUUGGUAAAAAAAAAAAAAGCUGGGUUAUGUAAGGUUUGCAACACGUCGACUGAGAGUUCAUUGACCACCUGUUUCACCUGUGUGUGCUCUGGAGUCUUGGCUUAUCCAUUUCCACACUGGGAAGAAGUUCACACACUAGAUAUCCACACACAGAUACAAGAGGAUGUCUGCUACACUAAGCAAUCCCUUUCAAAACAUAGUGGAGCCUCUCAGCCCCGAGGUACCAAGCCUGAAGUUUUUCAACCUUUUGAAGCUUAGAGAUCCCAGAUAUGAGAGGCUGCCGUUCUCUAUUCGGGUCCUGUUGGAAUCUGCCAUCAGAAACUGUGAUGAGUUUCUGGUGAAGAGCUCAGAUGUGGAAAACAUCCUAAACUGGCAGCAAACCCAGACUCAAAGCGUGGAGGUACCGUUCAGGCCUGCCCGUGUCAUCCUUCAAGACUUCACCGGUGUUCCUGCUGUGGUGGACUUUGCUGCUAUGCGUGAUGCUGUGAUGAAACUAGGCGGUGACCCAGAAAAGAUUAAUCCAGUGUGUCCUGCUGACCUCGUCAUCGAUCACUCCAUCCAGGUGGACUUUAACAGGAAGUCUGACAGCCUUAAAAAAAACCAGGAUUUAGAGUUUGAUCGCAAUAAAGAAAGAUUCCAGUUUUUGAAGUGGGGCUCUAAAGCCUUCAAGAACAUGCGGAUCAUUCCUCCUGGUUCAGGAAUUGUUCACCAGGUCAACCUGGAGUAUUUGGCCCGGGUGGUGUUUAACCACCAUGGCUUCUUCUACCCAGACAGUCUGGUGGGCACAGACUCCCACACCACCAUGAUUGAUGGCCUGGGUGUUCUGGGCUGGGGUGUUGGAGGCAUUGAAGCGGAGGCUGUGAUGCUGGGGCAGCCAAUAAGCAUGGUCUUACCUGAGGUGCUGGGAUACAAACUGCAUGGGACCCCAGACAAGCUCAUCACCUCCACUGACAUCGUUCUUACUGUGACAAAGCACCUCCGUCAGGUGGGUGUAGUAGGGAAGUUUGUGGAGUUUUUUGGCCCAGGUGUGCCCCAGCUGUCCAUCGCCGACAGAGCCACCAUUGCCAACAUGUGUCCGGAGUAUGGAGCCACGGCGGCUUUCUUCCCGGUGGACGAAAUCAGUGUAAAUUACCUGGAGCAGACUGGACGGGAACCAGAAACGCUGGCUUACAUUACCAAGUACCUGAAGGCAGCAGCCAUGUUCAGAGACUAUAAUAAUGUUGCUCAAGAUCCAGAUUUCACUCAGGUGGUAGAGUUAGACCUCGGCACAGUGGUUCCUUGCUGCAGUGGUCCCAAAAGGCCGCAGGACAGGAUUCCUGUUUCUGAAAUGAAAACAGACUUUGAAACCUGUCUGGGAGCAAAGCAAGGAUUCAAGGGUUUCCAGGUGGCCCCUGAACGCCACAACGCUGUGGUCCCCUUCCAGUUCAAUGACAAGGAGUACACACUGAGCCACGGCUCGGUGGUGAUUGCCGCAAUCACCAGCUGCACCAACACCAGCAACCCAUCCGUCAUGCUUGGAGCAGGACUCCUGGCUAAGAAAGCAAUAGAGUGUGGUUUAAGUGUAAAGCCGUACAUAAAGACCAGCCUGUCACCCGGCAGUGGAGUGGUGACCUCCUACCUGAAGGAGAGUGGUGUUAUGGACUACCUCUCUCGGCUAGGCUUCGAAGUUGUUGGCUAUGGUUGCAUGACGUGUAUUGGAAACAGUGGUCCACUCCCAGAUUCAGUGGUGGAGGCCAUAACUCAGGGGGAUCUAGUUGCUGCAGGGGUCCUGUCAGGGAACAGAAACUUCGAAGGACGCGUCCACCCCAACACCAGAGCCAACUAUCUUGCUUCUCCACCACUCGUCAUUGCUUAUGCAAUAGCUGGAACGGUGAGGAUAGACUUCGACAAAGAACCUAUUGCCAUUAACUCAGAAGGCAGACAGAUCUUCCUGAGGGAUAUCUGGCCCACUCGGGAUGAGAUCCAAGCAGUGGAGAGAACAUUUGUCAUUCCCUCGAUGUUCAAAGAAGUCUAUAAGAAGAUUGAGAAAGUGAAUGAACGUUGGAACUCUCUGGUGGCUCCUUCCGACAAUCUGUACACCUGGGAUGAAAAAUCAACCUACAUCAAGUCACCACCAUUCUUUGAUGGAUUGACCAUGAAGCUGCCACCUCCUGAGUCUAUAAAAGAGGCCUACGUGCUGCUGAACCUGGGUGAUUCUGUUACUACAGACCACAUCUCUCCUGCAGGGAACAUCGCCAGGAACAGCGCCGCAGCCCGCUACCUCACUGAAAGAGGUCUGACCACUCGAGAAUAUAACUCAUAUGGCUCUCGUCGAGGUAACGACGCUGUCAUGGCCAGAGGGACGUUUGCCAACAUCCGCCUCUUUAACAAAUUCCUCAACAAGCAGGCCCCCCAAACCAUUUACCUUCCCACUGGAGAGACGUUUGAUGUGUUUGAUGCUGCGGAGAUGUACAAGCAGUCCGGUGUCCCGCUGCUGGUUCUAGCUGGGAAGGAGUAUGGCUCGGGGAGCUCCAGAGACUGGGCGGCAAAGGGCCCAUUUCUGUUGGGAAUUAAGGCAGUCCUAGCAGAGAGUUAUGAAAGAAUCCAUCGUAGUAACCUGGUUGGAAUGGGGGUAAUUCCUCUGGAGUAUCUUCCAGGAGACACUGCUGAGAGCCUGGGGCUGACCGGCCGAGAGCGCUACACCAUCAUUAUCCCCGAGCAGCUCGCCCCUCGCAUGGUCGUUGAUGUGAAGCUGAACACAGGGAAGACAUUUAAAGUGCGCAUGAGAUUCGACACGGAUGUGGAGCUGACUUAUUUUCACAACGGAGGAAUUCUCAACUACAUGAUCCGCAAGAUGUCACAAAACUGAUCUGUUAAAUUGUUCUGAUUCUCAGCCAUGAAAGAAAGCACAGCUGUAAAGUCACCGGUCAAGAAUAAUCAUCAAUAUGUCCUUAUUAUGUUUAUUAUUCCUGUUCAUUAAAUGCAUUAAAACUAAGAAUUCCCACCACUUUAAAUCUACACACCCAUUAAUUUAUAGCUUGCACUUUGUUUUGAGUUUAAUAAAAAUCAGAUAAAGGUUUCCUUCAUUUUUCCAUUGGGUUCAAAACUACACAUUUAUUCUUGUCUUAGCGCCUAGAAUAAAAAAACGGAAACAGUCAAACUGAAUUUGGCAGCACCAACCUCAGAGAAAACCAGAGGUUGGCACUGGCCUGAAAAUCCUGAUUGGUGCAUCAACAGUAAGUUUCACAACUGAUCUAAAUCCAUAUCACUUACUGCAAUAUUAUCUGAGAUAGCGGAGUAUAAACAAGUUAUUUGUUUGGUCAAACUGGUGCCAUUUUCUGAAAGUUCCCAGUUACAGCUAUGACAUCUGGGCAGACCUGAUGGGCAAAUAUCUGAUCCAUUUCUGAGGAGUUUUUCAUUCUUUAACUGUCCUGCAGGUGGCAUUCAGUGCAUUAGCAUGGACUGAAAGCUAUUCCUUGUGUAAAUGUAUGUUUUUUUUGUUUCUAAAUAAUGAAAUCUGAAGUGCAGGAUGCAUGUUGUGUUUCUGCGAAGCUUCAUAAGAAAUUAUUCUUCCUCUGUGCAGUUUCAGGAACAGUUAAAGCACUUAGUAAUCUGUGGAGCUCCUACCUUGACAGGAACAUGAUCCAGACUGUGAACACUAGACACUGUUCUUUCCUUUCAUCCCAAUAAACAUUUUUCACCUGAGUUUUUUGGACCAAACUAUGAACUGUAAAAAGCUCCUGAAUGGACAUUAUGUGACCAGCGUUUGUUCUUUAUGGUGAUGCACUAAGAGAAUGAUGAAAGCUGAACCCACACCUUCCCAUCAGACAUUUCACACCACAUUAUAAACCUGCUGCUCUGUGCAAAGUUCAUGUCAAUGACUGUGUUAAUCGCUCACUGAUUUUUUUGAUGUUCUGUCUUGCUUGUGAUUCUGUGAACGUGUUUCUAUGAUGAGCUUUAAGCUAAAGGCUCCAGAUAAAAAUAAAAACUAAAAUGAU